AUCCUUUCGGAGGUUAUUUUCGGCAGGCAGGCUCGCGGGCGGGCAGGGCGGCCGGAGGAAGAGCCCGCGGCAGGGGAGGGAUGCGGGAGCAGGGCAGCGGAGCCGGGCGGGACUGAGCCACCCGCAGAGCAGAGGAGGAGAGCGGAGCGGAGCUGCCCUGCUCCCUGCUCCCUGCUCCCGUGCCGGGCUGCCCGCAUGGCUCCCGGGCACUGUGGAGAUUGUGGGGGCUGCUGCUGCUGAGCAACCAUCCAUCGCUUUAAACUCAGCCUCAACUUAGCGCAGCAGGCAAGGAUGGCAACGCCACUGGAGCUUUGGAGCUGCCAGGAGAGCCGGGGAACCUGGGUUUUGGUCGCCGCUGUCUAAUAAAUGGGAGUAAAAUGGAAUUUCUUACUUGGGUUUUUCCUGCCUUGGUUCUACUGUGCACCCAACAGCACAGGUGUAUCAGAGCUAUGAGUGACAUCGGAGACUACAUUGGUUCCAACAUCGAAAUCUCCUGGCUGCCCAACCUGGAUGAUUUAAUGAAAGGCUACGCACGGAAUUUCAGGCCUGGCAUUGGAGGUCCCCCCGUUAACGUUGCUCUGGCCAUCGAAGUAGCCAGCAUUGACCACAUCUCAGAGGUGAACAUGGAAUACACCAUGACAGUGUUUUUGCACCAGAGCUGGCGAGACGACCGUCUGUCUUACAACCACACCAACGAGACUCUGGGCUUAGACAGCAGGUUUGUGGACAAGCUCUGGUUGCCAGAUACUUUCAUAGUCAAUGCCAAGUCUGCCUGGUUCCAUGAUGUGACUGUGGAAAACAAACUUAUCAGGCUCCAGCCAGAUGGAGUCAUUUUAUACAGCAUCAGGAUUACCUCAACAGUGGCCUGCGACAUGGACCUGUCCAAGUACCCCAUGGACGAGCAGGAAUGCAUGCUGGAUUUGGAGAGCUAUGGCUACUCCUCGGAGGACAUCGUGUACCACUGGUCAGAGAACCAGGAGGAGAUCCACGGGCUGGACAAGCUGCAGCUCGCCCAGUUCACCAUCACCAACUACCAGUUCACAACAGAAAUUAUGAACUUCAAAUCUGCAGGGCAGUUUCCCAGGCUCAGUCUCCACUUCCACCUGCGGCGGAAUCGAGGAGUUUACAUCAUCCAGUCCUACGUCCCCUCCAUCCUCCUGGUGGCCAUGUCGUGGGUGUCCUUCUGGAUCAGCCAGUCAGCUGUGCCUGCCAGGGUGUCCUUAGGAAUAACCACUGUCCUCACCAUGACCACGCUGAUGGUCAGUGCCCGCUCCUCCCUCCCUCGAGCCUCUGCCAUCAAGGCCCUGGACGUUUAUUUCUGGAUCUGCUACGUGUUCGUGUUCGCCGCGCUGGUGGAAUACGCCUUCGCUCACUUCAACGCCGACUACAUGAAAAAGCAGAAGAACAAGAUCAAGGCGAGGAGGCAGAGUGCAGAGAUCAACGUGAAGAAUGCCAUUGUUCUGUUUUCCCUUUCCAUAGCUGGUGUGAACCAGGAACUGGCCAUUUCCAACAGGCAGCACCGAAUUCCCAGGAGCCUGCCCGGCUCCUAUGGCACAAUAGAAAUAGAAACUGGAGAGACCAAGCAGCAGCCAGGGCUGAAACUGGAUAAAAAGACUGGCCUGAAGUCCCUGUUCAAGCCCAUCGACGCCGACACCAUCGACAUUUACGCCCGAGCCGUGUUCCCAGCAGCCUUUGCAGCAGUCAAUGUCAUCUACUGGGUCGCUUACACGAUGUAAAAACCCAAAAAAGGGAUGUUCAUGGCCAGAGCUACAAACUCAACAACACCCACGGAUUAAAGAGCCCUUGCUGAGACUGAAUCGAGCCAUUUCUUCUCAAAAUAUUUUCCAAUGAGCUCAAGACACUUCUAAAGUCGAGAAAGGCCUGCUAUGAAUUCCCAGAAAAAGCAGCAAUUUAUUGCUAUUCUGAUUUGAUACAGUAAGAACAGUGCUGUGCCAGACCAUCCCAGCUCCUUCCUUCCUCUAAUACCAUGAGACGAUUUUUCGUAUGUACAUAUUUGUAGCAAAAGUUUAACUCUUAAAUGACCACGGAUUUCCUCCCCUUUAAGGGUUGAUCAGUAAUGAAGAUUUGGCUUUUCACACUCAGAUAAUUACCUUUUUUGUAAUGAAAGAGUUAAUUCCUCACUUCUGCACGAGUGAUUUUCUGCAUCUGGCCUUCUGUGGGAUGGUCUAGGUUUAACAGUAGUGGGAAAGCUGGAGUUUACAAUCAGAAAAAUCUCAUGAACAAAGUAAAAAGGAAUAGAGGGGAGUGGAGGUUUUUCUUAAAAUAUUAUUUGUCUUGGAUAAAAUAUUGAAAAAAUUCAGUGCUCUUAGUCACAGCAUGAAAUAAAAUAUACUACAUCAAAUUCUACUGAAUUGUUAAUAAUGACUGCAUUACAUUUCAGAUCUAAGCUAAUGAAAGUUUAAACACUUAAACACAGAAAUGUUUAUUAGUUUAAUAGGCCCCAAACAUAUAAAAAUGAUUUAGAAACAGAGGGAAAGCUCAGGCUUCCUAUGUUGGAUUGGGAAAAAAUUUAAAGGUGCUUCAUAAGGAAGAAACUCUGACUCCAUUUUCAGGAAGGACUUUAGAAUUUGUUCUGUUGAUUGUCAGUGAGAUUCUACCAUGUGUGCCUCUGAAAAUAUCCCUUUUGAAUCCGUCCCUAAAUAGCUGAAUGAAGUACAAAAAAGAAUUCAUAACUGGCUUCAAGUUACUCAGAUGCUUUGGAUAUUUUUGCCAUUUUUGUUCCAGGCUGACCUGAUCCAUUAGGGCUCUUCUCUUCCCUUAUUCAGCAGGGAAAUCUGUAGGUCCUCAUACACACUCCUUAAGUCAGGACUAGAUCGUCUUGCCCAACUUAUGCAAAAUAGCACUUUGUUCUGUAAAUAAUUCCAGUGAACUCAGCAAAUGAACACAGUAUUCACAACAAACAAGCUUCACAACUAAUCUCUAAAAUCUCCACAGUAAAUAUAUGGAUUAAACCCACUGAAACAUUGUUCAUGUAGGAAGCCAAUGUGAGACGCUACAAAAGAGAAAUUUAUUUUGACGAUUUUGUUGCCUUGAAAGUGAGAGGUUGUUUUUAAAUACAGAGACUGACACAAAAGCAAAUAUGAAAUGAGAGAGAGAGGGAAAGAAGGAGGCAAAGCAAGGGGCUGAAAUCUGCGAUGGAAGGGAGAGUGAGAUUUGUUCAGUAUCAGUGGAGUAAGAGAAUGCUUUGAAGAAAAACUAAUGAUCUUGAACUGAGCUGUGACAGCAAAUAUGCUCCACUGUAAGUCAGGUUUAGGUUCACCUCCAUCUUUAGUUUCUGCUAUCAUGGAAAAGCUGUCAGCCAACAGUGUGCUGGAAAGCCCAAACUGCCAUCAAGCUGUAACUGUUCCACAGAGUCCUCCCCAAGCCAACCCUGGACUGAGACACCCGGAUUCUGCUCCAGGAUCUACCACUGACUUGCUGGGGAGCCCCAGUUAAGACCUUGCACUGCAUCACCUCCAAAAUUGCUUUAAUGAUGCUGAUUUCUUUGAGUUUUACAGAAGACAAACCCUUCAGGAGAGGCAGAAACUCUCAUCCUCCAAAUGGGUAAGUGCAUCCAACUGGUGCUUCCGUGGUGGUAUUUGCCACAGUUUCUGAGACUCUCACAUACUGAAUUAAAGCAAAGGAUCACUCAACUUCCACCUUAUCCAGAACGCUGAUGGAAAUCUGCAUCUCCUUCAAUAAUCAGGUAAUCAGGCUUCUUUUUCUUCCUCCUGCUUCUCCUCUUUCUAAUUUAUUUUUCUUGCUGUUUGUUCCUGAUGUUGAUGCAAUGCUGCAUUACAGAAAUACACUAUUUUUUUUUCCUAAGUGCGUUUUUGGUCAUAAUCACUUUCUCCCCCAAGAAAUUCAACCUCUCCUGCUCUCCUCUGAAUCAUUCUUACUGUUUUAUAUAAUGAUUAAGUGCAGAGUGGAAUAAAACCAGCAGAAGCAUGACUUUACCAUGCCUUCGUUGCUUUGUCCCUGAUCCAUCCCCACAACAGCACCACACCCUUUAGAAAGGCCAGAGGACCUCAUUGUUCUCUGUUACACUUGCAUAAAUCAGAAAUAAUCUUUGGUUUAAGUCCAGCCUUUCUGUACCCUGCUGGUUUCUCCAGCUAUUAGUUUAUUAUGUUGCCUGUCAGGGUCAGUGUCUUCUGAAUCCAGCUGAAGAAAUAUUCACAGCAAGUUCCUGCAGAGUGCAAAUCAUAGGAAAAGAAUCCAUGAUUUUGGAAUUAAAGUUAUUAAAGAGCAGAGAGCAAUGCCUGGCCCUAGUCCCUCCAGUGAGCAGUGGCUGGUUAUUUGGAGUAAUUAGCAAGAAGGUGGCUGCAGAUAUUAUAAAGGCAAUGUCUAAUCUAAUUACUUCUGCAGUAAUAGUUUGUAAUUGUGCACCUGACAUAACUCCUUACACUGCAGCCAACUGACUGAUCACAUGGGGUUAUUGGACAAAAUUAGUUGCUUCUCCAUCUGGGAGACAGUCACAGGCUGCAUGUCCUGCUGACUGCUCCAGAAGAUUUAUUCAGGGAGGUUUUUCUGUACUUUCACUGCAGAUCUUCAAGGUGCACAGCUCAGUGUGACUGAUCAAAGGCAGGGGUGGCAGCGAUCUCCUCAGAAACCCCCAAAGCCAGAAUGCCAGACUAUGUCAGUGAUGCACACAGAAGCACAAACAAGAGGACAGAAAUAUCCCAGGAGGUUGCAGGCUGUCAGGAAAGUGCCCUGUGAGCCACAGAUGGCAACGUGUCCAUCCCAGGAACGAAGUGGUCAGAGGGGAGAACAGGAUUUUGGGUACUGGAACUGCACUUGCAUGAGUAGCACAAGACAAAACACCUCCCUCACCAAGAGUGGGAUUUUCUUAAAUCUGUUUCCAGAGCCAGAAACAGAAAACUCAGAUGCCAUUCAAACUUUUAAGGAGACAUUUCAGUACAGGAGUAUGGUGAGUUGAUUGGAGUUUUGCAUAAAUUUGAAUCUUCUAUAUUUUUUUUUUCACUUAAAAUCAUCAUAUUUAAAAAUCUACUUUAGAUCUAUUACUACUUUAGAUCUAUUAACAUCUAAAGGCAAUUCCCUAUUCAACUCUAAUUUCAUGAUGCCCUUAAUAAAGUUAAUAAGCCAAAUCUGAUGUCAGUUGAAUGCUGACUUUGGAUGGGUUUUACUAGUGUCAUAAAAAAAAGUAUGUGACAGAUCAGAAGGCACCUGAAAGCAUUUGUGUUCCUUUCAGCAAUUUAUAGUUCUGCUCUAUGGACUGGCAUGUCUGUGAGAAAAGGAGUGGGCUAUGUGUUAAUGUAAUCAUUCUAAAUGUGAAGUGUUAAUAAAAUGUACAUAUACAGAAAUUGGAGCUUCUGUAAACUGCCAAAACAGACAUUCCAACUAUUGAACUGGAAGAUGAAACGCAUUAGAAAGGCAAACCAAAAGAACCCCAGAGAUUUCAUCCCUUAAUGACAUCCUGCCUGUUCAGGGCCCAAGGGCUGGUAAAACUCUCCCCUGGCCUUGCCAGCAGAGGAGGAAGUGCCACUGUGUGCUCAGGAGAGCUUUCUGGGGGGCACUUGUGCAAACUGCUGUACUGAUGGCACAACGGGCUGCUGCCGCCUCCAGAGGCUGGAAGGAAUCAGAAAGCACGAGAUGAAAGAUGAAGAAAUGCAUGAUGUGUUUGAAAGUAAUGCUGGCAGUGAGAGCUCUAUUAAGAGGUUAAAAUACAGAGAUGUCUGUCCUGUGUCUGGGUAGCAAUGAGAGCAUUUAUCCCACUCAAAGGAAAAGCUCUCCCAUCAGUUCCUAACUGGUUUGCUAAUCCAACAGAUAAUGUAGCGAAACCAAUUUAACUCGGUGAGGCUUCUGCUGUUGGGACAACAAAACACUUAAUACGAUUGCUCCGGUUUGAAAUACUCCCAGCCAUUAACCUAAAAAAGCACUUCCCAUCAGGAGGAAAACAGCACCCUGAAUGUUCGUCUCUGAAGCAGAAUAGAUAACAAAAAGCUUACUGAAAGUUUCUGAGAGUAUUUUUUGUUCAAAGAAAAAAAGCUAAAGCAACUCCCUCCUGCUCCCUUUAUUACAGCAGCUCAAACCACUUGCAGUGGCUGAAAGCCUGUUGGAUACUAAAAUAACACUGCGUGCAAUAUGUGUUACAGACAGCUAAUUGUUCUUAAUGAAAACUGAAUAAAAAUUUGGCAACGAA